AUGAACACUGCCACAGGCGAUACGGUGGUGCCAUCAACCCCGCCUGCGUCCUCACCGCUUGCGAACCCUGCCGACAAAGCCCUCGCAUCACCACCACCUAUGUCGUCUAGCAUGACACCUCCACCUUCCUCGCAGCCGGUGCGCUUUCGCUCUCCCGGUCGCCGACUUAGCGAUGAGCCAUCUAGUGCGCUCCUUGUUUCCCCGCCCUCGACCAUCAAGUACACUGCAGGUACUUCGCUCCCAGAUGCCGACACAAUCGCUAGUGCAGACCUUGGACAACUCAAGUCAAUGGUCAAUGAUCUUAUCAGUGCCGUCAAAGAAGCCCGCACCGCCGCGGCGCAUUUCAAACUGCAGUUUAGCCUGCUCGACAUGGAGACGCAAGAGUCUGCGCAGCGGGCCGAGGUCGAGCACCAAAUGAAGCAGAAGGAGGUCGAAGUUCUCCAAGCUGCAGAACAGAGACAUCGUGCAGCCCUAUCCGUCGCUGCGCGCAAUUCGGCACCCCCUCCAAAUGCUCAGAUAGAGGCUUUGACCCAGACAUGCAAAGACUUGGAGGAUGACCGCAACACGGUCGAGCGCCGACUUGAACGCGCCAAGAAGCUGAUCGAGCUUGAGAAAGACAAGUCGGAGCUGCUGUUGGAGGAGAAUGUGCUAUUGAAGAAGCGCAUUCGAGAGAAUCGCGAACACUUCACCCAGUUCAAGAGCCAGUCGCCCAUCUAUACCACACCACGGGAUCCUUUCACGACUCCUCAUCGUCGCGCGCCUCCUCGCUUCCCAGAGAGCUCCUCCAGCCACCAGCCAUUCGCGGCGCUCCUCGCUGCGGACCAGGUUCUGAGCGGUGAAUCCUUGAGUGUACCGUCUACCCCGACUAGGACAACUCAUGUCACCAAGGUGAAGCAUGGCCACACCCGAGGAGCCCAUUCGCUAUCCUCUCUACAUACCACACCCGCGCGCAAUAGGCCAGUGACGGCAGAUGGUUUUGCAGAAACCAAGUUCCCGAUGUCUGCUCCUGGCUCGCAGCUAGUCAACGAGUCCGCAGAGCGAGAACAUCAUGACCGUGAUAGUACCAUCUCGGUCUCGGACGUAGAGGAGUACCGCAGUGAUGACGACGUGCAGCAAAGUCAAGCAAGUUCAUUGGCAACAGACAUGCUGCGCAACAAUCCAGCCACCCUAGAAUCCUUGCGGCUUUCUCAAGGCGCGGAACGAUCAAGCAACGUGUUGCAAAGUAAGCUGUUCGGCAACGUCAAGAAACCAGCGAAGCUGCCAGCUAAGCGUCGGGGAAGCUUCGAUGAUGGUGCGAUCAAGGCAAAGAAGGCGCGACAUGAUGCGAUCAAGCACAACAACAUCAUCCCGAAUGGGCACUUCCACAAGGACUGGCAGCGUCGGGUCAAGGUGCACUUCGAACAGGCCGGCCGCAAGCACCGUCGUAGAGAUGCCCGUAUCGCCAAAGCCGCCCGCGUGGCUCCCCGCCCCGUCGACCGUCUGCGCCCCGUGGUUCAGUGCCCGACCCUCAAGUACAACCGCCGCGCACGUGCUGGCCGAGGUUUUACUCUGCAGGAGCUGAAGGCCGCCGGCAUCCCCCGCAAGCUCGCUCCCACCAUCGGCAUCUCCGUCGACCACCGCCGCCAGACCACCUCUGAGGAGACUCUCAAGCUCAACGUCGAGCGCCUGCAAUCAUACAAGGCCCGCCUGAUCCUCUUCCCCCGCAAGGCCGGCCAGCACAAGAAACUCGACUCCAACCCCGAGGACCUCAAGCUCGUGCAGGAUGCCGACAAGAUCGUCAAGUCCGUCGGUUCCGUCCUGCCCGUCGAGCCCGGCACGGGCGUCGCCUUCGGCGUCUCCGAGGUCAAGAAGGGCGAGAUGCCCGAGGGCCAGAAGGACGCUUACGCCACCCUGCGGAGAGCGAGGGCCGAUGCGCGGUACGCUGGCAUGCGUGAGAAGCGCGCCAAGGCCAAGGCCGAGGCGGAGGAUGCGAAGAAGAAAUAA